AUGGCUUUGGUAAAUAGCUCUAUGGUUACUGAAUUCAUUCUCUUGGGAUUAACAGACCAGACUGACCUCCAAAUACCCCUGUUUGUGGUCUUUCUAAUAAUGUACAUGAUAACUGCAUUGGGGAAUUUGGCUCUAAUUAUUCUUAUUGUGUUGAAUUCUCACUUACAUACCCCUAUGUAUUUUUUCCUUUUUAACUUAUCCUUUAUAGACUUUUGUUACUCUUCUGUAAUUACACCAAAAAUGCUGAUGAACUUUGUGAUAACGAAAAAUCUUAUCUCUUAUGUUGGGUGUAUGACACAGUUAUAUUUAUUCUGUUUCUGUGUCAUUUCUGAGUGUUACAUUCUCACAUCAAUGGCCUACGAUCGUUAUGUGGCAAUCUGCAAUCCACUCUUGUAUAACAUUGACAUGUCUCCCAAGGUGUGUUCCUAUCUUAUGCUUGCUUCAUAUUUAAUGGGGUUUUCUGGUGCCCUGAUCCACACUGCAUGCAUCCUGAGACUGACCUUCUGUGAUGGAAACACUAUCAACCACUAUUUCUGUGAUCUCCUCCCUUUGCUGCAGCUCUCCUGCACCAGCACCUAUGUCAAUAAGGUAGCAAUUUUCAUUGUAACAGGGAAAGAUAUUAUCGUGCCCACAACUGUCAUCUUUAUCUCUUAUGGCUUCAUCCUUUCCAGCAUAUUCCAAAUGAAAUCCACUGAGGGCAUGUCAAAGGCCUUUAGCACCUGUAGUUCCCACAUAAUUGCUGACUCUCUAUUCUUUGGAUCUGGUGCAAUUAUUUACCUCAAACCCAACUCAGCUGGAGCAAUAAAUAAUGUAAAGACAUCUUCUAUUAUUUAUACCUCUGUAAUUCCCAUGAUGAAUCCCUUAAUUUAUAGCUUGAGGAACAAAGAUGUUAAACUUGCCUUGAGAAAAACUCUAAGCAAGAAAAUCUUUUAA